AUGGAGAAUGAAUUUCAAAAGCAAGACGGGGUUUGUUAUGAUUUCUCUCUUUUGCUUGAACUGUCUGCCUCAAAUGAUCUGAUCGGGUUUAAGAGAGCAAUUGAAGAGGAGGGUCAUGAUGUUGAUGAGCCAGGCUUGUGGUAUGGAAGGAGAAUUGGCUCGAAAAAGAUGGGGUUUGAGGAGAGAACACCUCUCAUGAUUGCAGCCUUGUUCGGAAGCAAAGAUGUGUUGAACUAUAUCUUGGAAACGGGUCAUGUAGAUGUCAACAGGGGUUACGGUUCUGAUGGGGCCACAGCGCUUCACUGUGCUGCUGCAGGUGGCUCUUCUUCUGCACCUGAGGUUGCCAGGCUCUUGCUUGAUGCCUCCGCGGAUCCUAAUUCUGUUGAUGCCAAUGGAAGUCGCCCUGGUGACUUGAUUGCUCCAGUUGUCAAGUACGGUUCUAAUUCAAGGAGAAAAACCCUGGAGAUCAUAUUUAAGGGUGGUAAUAAUGGUGAAGAAUCAUGUGUUUUGGCUGAUCAAAUUGUUAAUGAGAUGGAUGGGCUAGAACACCAAGAAUUUUCAACGCCAAGGGUAUCAAAAGAUGGGUCCGAGAAGAAAGAGUAUCCUAUUGAUCUGACACUUCCAGAUAUUAAGAAUGGGAUAUAUGGGACUGAUGACUUUAGAAUGUAUACAUUUAAGGUCAAGCCUUGCUCGAGGGCUUACUCUCAUGAUUGGACAGAGUGCCCAUUUGUGCACCCUGGGGAAAACGCUAGGCGCCGCGAUCCCAGGAAAUACCACUAUAGUUGUGUUCCGUGUCCUGAGUUUCGGAAGGGAUCUUGCAGGCAGGGUGAUGCCUGUGAAUAUGCACAUGGUAUUUUUGAGUGCUGGCUUCAUCCUGCCCAGUAUAGAACUCGUCUCUGUAAAGAUGAGACAGGUUGCACAAGGAGGGUGUGCUUCUUUGCUCACAAGCCUGAAGAGCUUCGUCCCUUGUAUGCCUCUACAGGUUCAGCAGUGCCUUCUCCUAGAUCCUACUCAGCCAAUGGUUUGACUUUGGACAUGAAUUCUAUUAGCCCACUUUCCCUUGGUUCUUCAUCUGUCUUGAUGCCAUCUGCUUCAACCCCACCUAUGACUCCCUCUGGGUCCUCUUCACCUAUGGGUGGAUGGACAAACCAGUCUAAUUUGGUGCCCCCUACGUUGCAGCUUCCUGGUAGCAGGUUGAAAUCUGCCACGUGUGCACGAGAUAUGGAUUUAGACAUGGAACACCUUCGAAGGCAACAGUUGAUGGAUGAGAUUUCUGGUCUUUCCUCUCCUUCCAGCUGGAACAAUGGUCUGUCCACUGGCUCAGCUUUUACUGCUUCUGGUGAUCGAACUGGGGAGAUACAUAGGCUUGGAGGAGUGAGGCCUACUAACCUUGAAGAUAUUUUUGGAUCCCUCGAUCCUUCAAUUUUGCCUCAGUUGCAGGGGCUCUCACUGGAUGCUGCAGCAACCCAAAUGCAGUCUCCAACAGGGAUGCAGAUGCGCCAGAGCAUCAACCAGCAGCUUCGGUCCAGCUAUCCCACCAGCUUCUCACCAUCUCCUGUGAGAACAUCGCCAUCUUUUGGAAUGGAUCAUUCUGGAGGGGCUGCAGCGGCAGUUUUGAGUUCAAGGUCUGCUGCCUUUGCAAAACGUAGCCAGAGCUUCGUGGAACGAAGUGCUGUGAACCGUCAUAAUGGGCUUUCUUCACCAUCUUCAGCUAACGUAAUGCCUCCUAACCUUUCAGACUGGGGUUCUCCUGAUGGCAAAUUGGAUUGGGGUAUUCAGGGAGAAGAACUUAAUAAGCUCCGAAAGUCCGCUUCUUUUGGGUUUCGAAGCAAUGGAAGCAGUGUUGCUAGAGCUGCUGCCUCAGUGCCAGCAACUGUUGAUGAGCCGGAUGUGUCAUGGGUACAGUCCCUAGUGAAGGAUACCCCUCCUGUGAAAUCUGUGCCAGCAGGUUUUGAGGAGCAGGAGCAGCAGCAGAAGCAGCAAUGUCAUCUUAACAUUGGAGGUUCAGAGAUGCUCCCAGCUUGGGUGGAGCAGCUGUAUAUUGAGCAGGAGCCAUUGGUGGCUUAG